AUGUUCAGGUACCUGAAAAUGUCGAAUCGCACGAAUAGUGGUUAUGGUUUCUCGUCCAACGAGGAGCGCACUUCACGUGAUAGCGAGCACCGUCACCAGCCAGAACAUCACUAUCAUAACGCGGCUUCUGGACCAUCUCAGCAUGGGAACCGUCCUGCAGAAUCUGAGAGAUAUACAAAUACAGCACAGAAGACAGACCGGCUACUAACUUGGAAAUUCUUUCGAAAGAAGCUAGAACUCUAUACAAACGCGCUCCAUUGGAAAGUGGUGAUCGUGUGGUUAUAUGUCGAUACAAUCCGACGCACAUUCUCGAUGUUGUGGACAUCGACCACCAUCAGAAAAUAUGCAAGGACCGCCUACGCCUCGAGAAAUAUGGGUGCUCUUUCAAGGUUUUUAUUCCUGUGUCCAGGAUUCGCGUCAUUCCAGUAG